UGCAGCAACAAGCCACAGCCACAGCCACUCCCACCGCUACCACCACCACUGCCUGGCUUAAAACGCACCCAAAAACACAAAAAGUGGAUUAUGCAUUUCAACCUGAACAUUGGGUUUUGAGCAAGAAUUCUUCCUCUUGAUCUUUUGCUACUUUUAUAAUCAUGAGAGGCUCAGAAAACGUGGCUGCGGAAGAUUCCACCACCGUAUCAGAUGAUGGCGGAGCCACCACCGUCACCUAUAACGACAUUGAAGACAGCAAAGAACACGAAAAAGCCGUGGACUUGCCACCCAACCCGCCCCAACACCCGCCCACGCAGCCGCAGGCCAGUCCCUACCAAGAAGGAGAACUAGUCCUUGCUUAUCAUAACCAACGUGUCUACCCUGCCAAGAUAAUGAAGGUUGAUCUCUUACUGAAUGAAUGGAGGUAUUCAGUGCAUUAUCCCGGGUGGAAAAAAAGUUGGGAUGAAGUGGUAGGCAUGGAUCGCUUGAUGAAAUAUACUGAAGAGAAUCGACAAAAACAGCAGGAACACAACAAAAAGCAAGAAAUGGAGAGCAAUGCCAAGCCGGGGAGCAAACAGAAAAUUUUGACUGGCUAUUCUGGUUUGACCACUGCAGGUGCAAGAGGCAAGAAGCGAAGAAGUGGAUCAGUUCAAAUGGAGAAAGCAAUGCUUUUGACAGAAAAGCGGGUGAAUAUCCAUAUUCCACCUGGAUUAAAGAAACUGCUUGUUCAUGAUUGGGAAUGUGUUACACACUUGGGCAAGCUAGUCAAACUUCCUUGCUCUCCAAAUGUUGAUGAAGUCUUGAGCAAGUAUUAUGAUUACCGGCUCAAGAAGGACGAUGGGGAUGGAUGCAGGUUAACUGGUUCUGUUGGAGAAGUAGUCAAUGGUUUGCGUCGCUACUUCGAUAAAGCUUUGCCUGCAAUGCUGCUUUACAAGAAUGAGCGGCAGCAAUAUGAAGAAGCAAUAACAGAUAAUAUUGCCCCUUCAGCUGUAUAUGGAGCUGAACAUUUGUUGAGGCUAUUUGUUAAAUUGCCCGAUAUAUUACACAGCGCUGAUAUUGAGGACACAAUACUAUUAGAGUUGCAAGAAUACUUGGUGGACUUUCUCAAGUUCCUUCAGAAGAACCAAAGUAGUUUCUUUGCUGCUGCUCAGCAAUCCACAGAAAUCUCUGAUUUAACCAUUAAGAAACAAGAGGUAUAUGAUAACUGAAACUUUUUGUCAGUUUGAAGUAAAUGCAAAAUGCACUGCUUCUGGAUGAGAUAUCAGUUGACGAAUUAGAGACAUCUCUAGCUCAUAGCUCUUCACUGAACUUGCUCUAAUUGCUAGACUAUCAAACUAGUCUUGGUGCCGCAGGCUAAGAGGACCUAAUUAGCCAGCUCGAAGUUUUCCAUUUUCAGCUAAUUUUAAAUCAAUUUUUGGACAAGCUUCCGGCUUUGAAUUGGAAUACUUCAUUUGAAUACACUUUAUCAGCACUUUCCAAGAAGAUGGCGGGGUGGCAGGCACUAUUUUAUUCGAGGAAAAGUCUUUAAUUUACUGUAGCACCCGUUUCUGUGAUGUGAAUUUGGAAAAAUCCACUUUUUUUUUCUUUUUUUCUUUUUGGGGGUCUAAUGGGAGGCCGAAGGCUCUAUUACAUAGA